GAUUUGGGUCUUUGGGGUGAAGAAAAAGACAACAAAGCUUUAAGAUAAUUUACCGGUUCAGGAUUUUUUUGAUGCAGAGGCCUCAAGAGCGACCCUAGCACACCACCUAGUUUCCUUUGGAAUGAAGGUGGCCACAUGUCGUGACAAAGGAACAUCGCUUGUCAACUAGAAAUGCUCGAAAAUUUAGCUAAAUAUCCCAGAACAAAUGGCAGAGACAGAAAACUGCAUCAGUCGUUUUUUCCAGCCAGCUACUUCAAACUUGUCAUCAAGGAGCCCCUUGAAAGUUCCUUCGACAACGGAAAAUUUGGAUUCAUCUCAAGAUCUCAGCCAGUGUUCCAUAGACUCUGAUUCGGAUUUAAGUCUAUCCCAGCUGUCAAUAGAAGACCACAAACCAAUUAAAGUUCAACCAUAUUUUAAUAUAACCCCAAGAGAAAUUCCCCAGUCGCCACACAACGUCAUCGAGGAAGACUUCUCGGCCAAUCCUUGGGCGAUGUUAGUGGCAACCAUAUUCCUUAACAAAACUUCUGGAAAGUGUGCUAGGCCCUUGAUGAUAAGUUUCUUUGAACAGUAUCCAACUCCUUAUCACGUGCUAGAAGAUACUCCGUCAUCUUUGGAACGGUUUUUUGAAAAUCUGGGCUUAAGGAAAAGAGGUCACAUGAUUUGGAAAUUUAGUUAUCAAUUUGUUUCGUCAAGAUGGCGUCGGGCCAGUGACUUAUGCGGCAUAGGGAAAUACGGAGAGGAUGCCUAUAGGAUAUUCUGCUUGGGACACACAGAUUUGGACCCUGCGGACAGAUAUCUAAGGUUGUAUUUGGACUGGUUGAGGGGUCAUACUGAGUUUUUGGAGGAACAAGGUGUGGUGGACAGCGAAUACCUGAUCGAAGAUCCGGUUUUGAAAUACUAUAGGAUUACAUUGAGAUAUUGUGAUUAGCUUGGGCCUGAGGAUAAUUUAAUUGUUUGUGAUAAUAAUAAUUAAGAAAGAAGUAAGAAAACUAACCAUGUUAAAAUUUUAUAAA